AUGAAGGAAUGGUUAGAAUUCGAAAGCUAUCUCGCUAAGGUAGAGAGGUAUGUUAUACCCAGAUGGGUAAAUACUAGAAAGGAAGAUAAAAUAGAGUUGCAUGUAUUUGCUGAGGCAUCACAAGCAGCCUAUGCAGCGGCAGUUUAUUUGAAGUCAGUUGACAAUAAUGGUCAUGUGUGCGUUAAUUUAGUGUCAGCCAAAACUAUAGUUUUUUCAAUUAGCAAGGGAGUAGCAAUUCCUCGACAAGAGCUGUGUGCUGUAUUGCUAGCUACUAAAUUGAUAUACGAAAUAUCACACAUAAUGAAAAUACCGAAAGAAAAUCUAUAUGCCUGGUCUGAUUCUACUGUGGUGUUGUCAUGGAUCAAUGGUGAGCCCAGCAGAUGGACAACAUUCGUAAGCAACCGAGUCUCAGAGAUUUUGACUAUGAUAGACAAAGAUAAGUGGGGUCAUGUCAUUACAAACGAUAAUCCAGCAGACGGUGCGUCAAGAAGUAUGUCCGUAAACCGUAUUCUUGGUAAUAACUUGUGGUAG